AUGGCGGCUAGCCGGGAAGUCGGGGAACGUCUCUACGCACCGAAAGUUGAGGGUCUUAAGGGGCGUCGGCCGGUUACCGUCAACACGAGGACUGGUAGAAAGAGGAGGCCAGAGGAAGCCACGCAGGGCGGAGUCGCCCAGCUGAAUGGGGCUGGCCUGGAGGGGUUCCGCCUGCCGGCCACCGUCCUGCCCCAGACGCAGCCGUCUCUCCUGGCGCAGGGUGCGACCCCGGCCCCUGAGCCCCCCCAGCCCCGGGAGACGUGGGGAGGGAAGUACGAAUUCCUGCUCUCCUGCCUGGGAUACUGCGUGGGGCUGGGGAACGUCUGGCGGUUCCCGUAUCUCUGCUAUCGCAACGGAGGCGGGGUGUUUCUGAUUCCCUACACCAUCAUGCUGGUCUUCACGGGCCUGCCUCUCUUCCUGAUGGAGCUCAGCCUUGGCCAAUACGGGGCCACCGGACCCCUCAGCGUCUGGAAGUGCUGCCCCCUUUUGAAAGGGAUCGGGGUCGGCAUGCUGGUGGUCGCCUCGCUGGUCUCCCUCUACUACAACGUGAUCAUUGCCUGGACCUUCUACUACCUCAGCCAGUCCUUCCAGAGCCCCCUGCCCUGGUCCUGCGACGCCCCGCACAACCGGGCCCUCUGCCGGUCUCAGAACGGGUCUUUGGCGAGGAGCCCCCCGGCCAGCCCCAGCGAGGUCUUCUGGAACCAGCGGGUGCUGGGCGUGGUGCACAGCGCCGGCCUGGGCGACCCAGGCCCCGUGAGGGGGUCCCUGGCGCUGUGCCUGCUGCUAGCCUGGGCGGUCAUCUUCGUCUGCAGCCUGAAGGGCAUCCGCAGCUCGGGCAAGAUUGUGUACUUCACUGCCACCUUCCCCUACGUGGUGCUCGUGGUGUUGAUCAUCCGGGGAGCCACGCUGGAGGGCUCCCUCGAGGGCAUCCGCUUCUACCUCUCCGCAGACUGGAGCCGGCUGCAGAGCGCCCAGGUGACAUUAAGCCAUGGCCGUGCGCUACCCAUUUCCUUUCCGGCAGGCGUGAACCAGUUUUGCCAAGACAUUGUCGACAUGAUCCGGCUGUGCCCGCCCUGGUGCAGGCAGCUGGUGCCGUACUUCAAGGCCUGCUGGGUGAUCUUCACGCCGGGCAUGCUGAUGUUCAUUCUCCUCUACAUCUUCAUGGACCUGUCAGGCACUACACUGCACUACGGAGCGUACCGGUUCCCGCGCUGGGGCCAGGCGCUGGGUGUCUGCAUGGGGGUGCUGAGCUGCAUUCAGAUUCCGCUUUGGGCUGGCAUUGCCCUCUGCAAGGAGUCCGGGACACUGGUUGCUCGGUUCAGGAAAGCCAUCCGACCUCUGAACUCCUGGCGUUCUGCAAGUGGCCGUGAGCUGUCCCACCAGGUCAUCGACGUUCCCUACACCGUGAACUUGACGGACAGCGACUUCACGGGCAGUUGGCAACUGCCAGAUCGCAGCGAGGCCUAA